GCCUGAAGUAAAAGUUCAGCUGAAACACUGAAUUAUAUUCACUCAGGGCAAACUCUAAUUCAUUCACAUUGACACGUGUGUGUUGAAGAUGGAAAAUCAACAAAACUGACGCUCAUCGAUCUGCCAGCGCACGUGCGUAACGUUAUAUCAUUUCAUUUAGAUCUCUUUAUGAUUUUAUCGUCCAAACGUCUGACAGCACAGAGUGAAACUGAACACGGAUUACUGUCUCCUCAGGAGUGAAUAUGAUUCCUGUGAAUGAGUUUCGCAGCAUCACAUCAGAUCAGAACCCACAGUUCAGAGUCCUGAAGCCCUGGUGGGAUGUCCUGUCUGAGUAUAUGGCCAUCGCAAUGCUCAUGAUCGGAGUGUUCGGCUGUACGGUUCAGCUGACACAAGAAAAGAUUUCCUGCCUGCCUGACCGAGUCACGGAUCUUUCCAGAGGAGACGUGGACUGCAGUCACCUACGAGAGCAAAAGGACAAUGAGAGUGUGUGGGAUUUCGCCAUCACCAAAACUCUGAGCCCAAACGUCAUUGAGGUGUUCGGCAGAAAGAACGGCCUCGACAUCCAUCAGUACGAGUUCGUCAAUCACUUCUGUUACGAGCGUUUCGUUCACUGGUAUGGCAAGUACUUCCCUUACCUGGUGGUAAUCCACAGCGUGAUCUUCAUGGUGGCCAGCAGUUUCUGGUUCAAGUUCCCAGGGACGUCGUCCAAGAUCGAGCUGUUCGUAAACAUACUGGGCAAAUGCUUCGACUCGCCGUGGACCACGAGGGCCAUCAGUGAAGUCUCCGAAGAAAGAAGGGAAGAGAGAAUAGUGACGUGGAGAAAGAACACAUUGACGAAAUGUGCGGCAGAUGACGACGACGAUGCGGUUGCUCUGAUCCAAUCUUCUGUCAAGUCGGAUGAGAAAACAGCAGAACUGAAGCCGGCUGGGUCACUGUUGGAUAAAAAAGAGGGCGAGCAGGCCAAGGCCCUGUUCGAAAAGGUUAGGAAGUUUCGAACGCAUGUGGAGGAGGCGGAUCUUCUUUACUUCAUGUACGUGCUACAGACCGUGCUGAAAGUCUUCAAAUUUGUUCUCAUCAUUGUUUAUAGUGUGAUGUUGGUUCCCAACAUCCAGGUCAUUGUGAUUUGCUCGGUGCCUCGGGAUCUGACGGGGUUUGAGUCUUUCUGCUGCAUCUAUAAUAAAGCACAUCUGUUCUCCAAGUUAGCAUAUACCUAUAUAUGCUUCGUGGGGGUGUAUGGAACGUUGUGUAUCUACUCGCUUUAUUGGCUGUUUCAUCGCCCGUUGAAAGAAUACUCGUUCGAGGCGGUUCGCUUGGAGUCGGGAAUCAAUGACAUCCCAGAUGUUAAAAAUGAUUUUGCGUUUCUUCUUCACCUCAGCGACCAGUAUGAUGCCCUUUACUCCAAACGCUUCUCAGCCUUCCUCUCUGAGGUGAGCGAGAGCAGGCUGAGGCAGGUGAACCUGAAUCACGAGUGGACGACGGAGAAACUCCGCACUCGUUUGUCACGCAACGCAAGCGAGCGAAUGGAACUCCAUGUGUUCAUGCUGCCAGGAUUACCGGACACCGUCUUUGAACUUGCGGAAGUAGAAGCACUUACACUGGAACUGAUUGGCAACGUCACCAUCCCCGGCAACGUGACACAGCUUACAGGCCUACAGGAGCUGUCGUGUAUCCACACCGCCGCAAAACUCCAGCUAGCCGCCCUCAAUCACCUGCGCGAGAACCUGAAAGUGCUGCGUCUAACCUUUGAUAGUCAAGACCAAGUGCCAUUGUGGAUGUACACCCUACAGAACCUGGAAGAGCUUCACCUGAGUGGCCCCUUAAACAGCGAGCUCUCUCGCGCUCCGACCUUGGACACUUUGCGCGAGCUCAAAAAUCUUCGCGUGCUGACAUUCCGUAGUCGUCUGAGCAAGAUUCCUCCCAGUGUCGUAGACGUUUCCAGCCAGCUGUUGCGGCUGUGUGUCCAGAAUGAGGGAACCAGGCUUCAGGUUGUCAGUAGUCUAAAGAAGUUGGUUAACCUUGCUGCUCUGGAGCUGACGAACUGUAUGCUGGAGCGAAUCCCCAGCGCGGUGUUCAGCCUUGCCCACCUCCAAGAACUGGACCUUAGAGAGAACAGGCUCGCCACCGUAGAAGAAAUCCUGAGUCUGCAGCACUGUCGCCGUCUGACUGCUCUCAGACUCUGGUACAACCACAUUUCUUACAUCCCUGAGCACAUCAGCAAACUAGUCACGCUGGAGACGCUGGAUUUCAGCUGGAAUAAGAUCCGCCGACUUCCCCCUCGCCUCUGCUAUUGCACCAGACUCCGACAUCUGGACCUUUCACACAACCAGCUGAUGUCCCUGCCAUCAGAGAUCAGCGUCCUGCAGUCUCUGCAGCAUCUGUCUGUCGCCUUUAACGCCCUCGAGUUUCUCCCGGAAGAGCUCUUCUCCUGUAAGAGGCUGAAGGUUCUAGCGCUGGGGAAUAACAGCAUUUCUGCCCUGUCUCCACGGGUUGGGAAUCUCGCUCAGCUGGUGAGGUUGGAGCUGAAGGGCAACAGGAUGGAGUCUUUGCCCGCUGAGAUCGCUGACUGUGCCUCACUGAAACUCACUGCUCUUAUUGUGGAGGAAAGUCUGAUCGACCUUCUGCCUCCUGAUGUGAAAGACAAAAUGAAAAGCCGAUAAUCCCAAUUCUUUUGCAUCGCAACUAAAGCUAGGCAAAUGAAAAACGCUUAUUUAUAUAUGGAUGUCUUUGAAAUAACUCAAAGCUUCUCUAGAUGAGCGACAAUGAAAAUUGACUGAUGUACAUGCCAGUCAACUUCAUUACCGUGUGUAAGUAAUAAAAGAGUGGGUGUACUGAAGUCUUACUCGACUGACUGGAUUGACCAGAUCAAUGUCAGAAAUGAAUUAUCUCUCAGAAUCUGCCCUGCGUCACAGGGUAUCAGAUAUAACCAAAUCAUCAACUUUACUGUAAAGCUGCUUUGAAACAAUCUGUAGUGUAUAAAGUGAUAUAUGAAUAAAACUGACUUGAUUUGUCUCGACAGUGUGAAACAAAAACAAAACAUCAGCUGUGUGUUCUGUAUAUUUCAUAAUCACCCCCCAUGACUGUCUUGAUAUGUAUUUAUUGCUG